CCGCGUUUGGCGGUUCGUUUGGUACUUUCGGCUUCACCCUUUGCGGGUCUCUAUCUAUAAACAACGUCUCUGGUUUUAGUAAAAUUUUCACAGUUCGUGAUUGAUUAAAUUAAAUAUAAUUAUAGUACUCAGCCGUAAAUUUCACCAUGAGCGAUUCCAAAUACGCAUCAACGGACGAGGGCGAUGUGUUGUUAAUUUUCGACCCGGUUCCUAUCGAUGGCGACCAGCAGGAGGACAAUGCGACCACCCCGAUCCCUUCCCAUUCCGAUGUCGAGCAAUCGGAACAGGUAAUUCCGGAAACAACUCAGCAGCCUAACAAUCCACCUGCCGAAGAGGCAGAUUCGGUGCCCUGCGAUUGGGACAUCGAUUGUUAUAGAAAUCGCUUCGAAACUGACGAACAUUGGGAGUUGCGGAGGAAGUUUAUGGAGCAAUACAAGAAAACCAUUGCGGAGGAAGAACUGGUGGCUCUGGCACAGGCUUUAUCAAAUUCGGUACUGCUGAAUACCGUGUACUGCGAAGAAAUUUCUGCCAAACUGAAUUUAUUAGGUGCAGCAAUCGCCGAAGAAUAUCUCAACUCCAGACGACAAUUUGCCCAAAAACUAACGGUUCCCGCUUCGACUGCGAUCGUGGACUGGAUGGGCCGGAUUUCGGAAGGGCAAAAAAGAGCCCAGCGGAAACAGUUGGCCGUGCGGAUGUUGAAACCUACAAUAUCUAUCUCUUCACUGGACGACGUGUUCCACAACUUUGUUCUCCUUGAUGACAAUCUGGACGACAGUGGCCGGGAGUUUGGGAUGCUCAAUUGCGGAUUGUUUGUCUUUCGAUUGAUAUCCCAUGAGCGUCGGAACUGGGAGGGUAACAUUACCGCAGCCGAAUUUCUUCUGAGCAAAUCCGUCGGUCAGAAAAAGAAGGUGAAACAGACGUGUAGGGAAGAAGCGUUACAGUUGCUGAGGAAAAAAUGUUAUAAGAUUAAGACUAACCCUAAUCGUUGCUGGGAUGGUUGCAAUGUGGAACGAUUGGAAUCAGUUGAACCUGUGGACCAUCAAGGAAAUCCGUUUAGAAAAUCGUCUAAACUUCAAACGUCGAAAGAUCAGCUGAAAGAAGAUAACAUCGGGUUUCGAAUGCUGCGAAAACUUGGCUGGGGUGGCGGUCCACUCGGGAAGCAUAAGGAGGGAAUCGUGGAUCCCAUAGAAGUUCAAGCAAAACGUGGCAGGAGAGGACUCGGAUUGCCGCAGCUUACGCCAGCUUCAUCCAAAACCGAGCCGGCCAACUACCCGAACAGUUUUCUGGUAGAUGGUUUCCAGCUAGAAAAUGAAGCGUUUCACAUUGAUGUCAGUUUUUAUCGCGAUCUGAUGGUGAAUUUCAAGGCACGACAGCUAGGAUAUGAUUUAAUAUUUUCGAUUGAUUUUACUGAAAUCGAAAGAGCGUUACUCUGCAAGAUAGCUUCCGAUUUGAACCUACAAUGUAUGAUCGCUACCUAUGACUACGAGCAUUAUCAGUUCGUGUUGUUGAAACAUCGAAUAUCACCUCACGAUUUAUUGGUGAGAAUCCUAGUGGAAAAAGACCCUAUUUACAGCGCGCUGUAUACAGUGGAACCUCCGGAGGAAGACAUGGCUAAGCAUAAGAAAAUAUUAGAGCUGUGCUCUAGAUAG